AUCCGGUGAAAAAAAAGCAAAAAUUUGAUGAAUUCCAGUAAAGAUAUCCAAGAAACACUGUCCCAGAGGCUUACUGAAUGCCCUGCAAAUAGUGAGGAUGCUGGUAGAAGUUCGGUAUGUGAAGGAUGUCCUGGACAAGCAAUGUGCAGAGCCCAGGGCAUGGUGGACCCAGAUCAGGAGAUGAUAGACAUCAGGAUGGGGGCCAUAAAACACAAGAUUCUUGUUUUGUCAGGGAAAGGAGGUGUUGGAAAAUCAACUGUUGCGUACUUGUUAUCAUUGGCUCUAGCUAAAUGUCAAUCAUCUAAAGUGGGUGUGAUUGACCUAGAUAUUUGUGGACCCAGUAUACCAAAACUCUUAAAUGUGGAGCACCAGUCUAUUUUACAGUCACCGUAUGGAUGGAAACCUCUUAUAUCUCCUAAUGGAGAUAUCAAGGUUAUGUCUGUGGGAUCUCUCCUGGAAUCUGACAAAAUGUCAGUCAUUUUCCGAGGACCAAGAAAGACAGGAUUGAUUAAAAGAUUUUUGAAGGAGACGUUCUGGGGAAAAUUAGAUUUUCUAAUUUGUGACACACCCCCUGGAACAAGUGAUGAACACAUGGCAAUUGUCAAACUUUUGAAAAACGUCAAACCAGAUGGAGCUAUCAUAGUGACCACCCCUCAGGAGGUUGCCAUGGCAACCAUUAAAAAAGAAAUAAGUUUCUGUAAGAAGAUGGGUUUGUCUAUCCUUGGGAUUGUGGAAAAUAUGGGUGGCUUUGUCUGUCCAUGCUGUAAGGAAAUGUCUGAACUCUUUCCUGGGAGUGGAGUUACCUCCCUUGCCAGCAGCCAUAGUAUCCCAGUUUUAGGGCAGCUACCCAUGGAUCCAUUGAUAACUGAAUGCUGUGAGAAUGGCAAAAAUCCCCUGGAUGAUUACCCAGAAUCCCCUGUUACGGAGUCUGUGAUGGCCAUCUCCAGAACUCUUGUGAACCUGAUCAACAAAACAUGAUCUCCCAGCUUGAGACUGUAUUAAAACCUUGUGGCAGCUAAUGAACAGUGAUUAUGGAGAGUAAAAGCAGGGAUACAUGUUUAAUAAUGGCACAUUAGGUAUCUGGGCAAAGAACAAUGAUGAUCAUGAUUGUGGUGCCAAGAGUGUAAUCUUUAUUCGGUAUUAUUCAUAAGUUUUGAUAGUAGUGAAGAAAUGCUGUUCUAGAGAUUGUGUUGCAUGAUAUAGUCCAAUCCACACUUUGCAAAAGUUGCAUCCCUUUACAGGGUCAACCAAAAAUUCAAAAGGGAAAAAACACUGUUUCUCUUCUUUAUGCUACCAAUCAUUUGCGUGUGCUUUGAUAAAGUGUGAUUAUUACAUUUUUUCUGUCAAUGUGUGGAUAGCCCCAUCCUGGGGCUAUCAAACUACAAGAUGCAGAUUUUUUCCUGUCGAAUGACAAAGUUACAAACCAGAAAACUACAAAGGCUACUGUCAGGAUUCUAUGGGUGUUGGCAGUCAAGGGACAUAACUUUUGAGAAGUGUGGAUUCAAUAAUUUCCAACCAUAGACAUUUCUCCUCUUUAUGCUACCAAACAUUUGGGUGUGCUCUGAUAAAUCCACUGUGUUAAAUUUUUUCUUUCGAUGUAUGGGUAGUCCCAUCCUAGGGCAAUCAAUAUACAAGAGGAACAGAUUUUUUUCCAGUCAUACGACAAAGUUACAAACCAGAAAACUACAAAGGCUACUGUGAUGAUUCUAUGGGUUUUUCCCCAGAGAUGGCGACUAAGGGACACAACUUUUGAAAAGUGUGGAAUCAACUUAUACUAUAACGUGUAUUAAUUAACACAAAAGUCAAAACAAAGCUAAAUGUUACAAUAAUUGUUUCUGUUUUUAAAUCAGAGUAUGAUAGAAACAUAGAUGAUCUAAUUUUGAAAGGGAGUAGAGAAGUUGCUGGAUUGAAGUUUUAUACAAAACAUAAAUUCCUUGUAGAUGUAGUGUAGGACUUUAGAGGGUUGCAUGUUAAGUUUUAUAAUAAAAUGCAGAACAGUACAACAUAGUCAUUUCUUUGGUGCUAAGCUAAAUUCUGAUGUUAAUAAUAUACAUUUUUGUUAAUUUACAUAUUUUAUUGUGUGCUUUUAUUGUUUUGUUUUUUGUAUUGCUGAAUGAAUAUG